CAUUCCCAGCUCAGUGAUAUUUUCUUUAGCGGUCUUCGGCGUAGCCUUGUGAGUCUUCGUUAGUUACUGGCUAUAGUUGGGUUAGCUAUGGAGGGAGACGGGAGCCAAGCCACAUCUGGAGGAACCCCUAAUGAUUCGCAACACGACCCGGGUAAAAUGUUUAUCGGUGGCCUCAGCUGGCAAACUUCGCCAGACAGCCUUAGAGACUAUUUUACUAAAUUCGGGGAAAUCAGAGAAUGUAUGGUGAUGAGAGAUCCAACGACAAAACGCUCCAGGGGCUUCGGAUUCGUUACUUACGUAGAUGCUGCCAGUGUAGAUAACGUCUUAGCUCAGCAACACCACGAAUUAGACUCAAAAACGAUCGAUCCUAAAGUUGCCUUCCCUAGACGUGCUCAGCCCAAGGUAAGACAACAUGCUGAACAUGUUUUAACCUCUCACAGAGAGGACUUUUAGUUUGUUGGUUGGUUUCUGU